UUCACGCUAUGUCCUGGAUACACUGACGCCGUCAGCCGUCGCAAUAGAUAAGCCGCUGCUCUGUUGAAGCGAGUACGCUGCAAAUGCUUCUAACUUAGUGCUCAGCGCCCCAUUGAGCCAGACGUGACUGAUUCACUACCUCAUGGAGAAUACAUUUUUACGAAGAUCUACAAGGAAUGUGAUGCUAACCAGGCCAUGUGGUGAAUCACCAGAUGAUGCCGGUCACACCACCGCAGAAAAUUUGCAAGAGGCAGGCGAAACGUAAUUUUGGAACAGGAUGGGGUUGAUUACGGUGAUGUCGACAGUAUGAUUUUUUACCUGGGUACCUGGAGUUGGUGAUUGCACGAUUGCCGGUGUUGAAUUUUGAAGCUGGUGGCAGAUACUUGGGUGGGUUCCGGGGUGUCAUGGGUUUAGGGUUGUUGCAGCAUUCCCCUGCGGUGUUGCAGUUGCAGGGGAAGGGGUUUGUGGAGAAGCCUCGGAACAGUGGACUGUCUAUUGGUGGUUUUGGAUUGAAUCCGUCUUCUGUAGCGUCGAAGAGUCUGAGAAUUGAAGGGGGUUUUGACUGCGGAGCUGUGGGUUUUAGUCAGCUGAAUCUGGGUAACGUUACCAGGAGGUCGUUGUUAGUGAAGAAAGGUGCGAGGAGUUUGGGGAAAUUGGAGCAGUCGUCGUCGCCCUCAGGGCGUGAUGGAGGAGACAUGCGUGAAUGUGCAGCGGAGAGCUGUGGAGAAUCUAAGUCGUGGCGGAGUAAGUGGAGGAACAGGAUUUUGGGGAAUCCUCUUCUGGCGGUUUCAUCUACAAGUAGUCUUUUUUGGCAGCCGUUUUGGGAAAAUGGGUUGAAUUCUGGAACAAAUGCUUUGGAGUUUGGUGGUGGAGGUGACGCUGGAACUGGAGAUGGGUUUGGCGGAAAAGGAUAUGGAAAUGGAGGAAUGGGCGGGGGUGGAAGUAGUGGCGAUGACGGGAGCGGGAAAUUCAAUUCACCGGGUCAUGGAACUCAUGUUAGAAGUGUACACAAGAAGGAAUUUGGAGAUGAGGAGCAUGGCAAUAAGGAAACUCCUGUUAGAUCUCCAGAUUUUCGAGCACCGGUUUUAGCAUCCUUGAGCUCCGCGGCAGGAGAGGCAGUAGAUGGAGAGGCACCCCUUGCUGACCUGUUACUUGGAAGAAUUAAGAGACCUGGGGUUGCGGAGGAGACGUCUGCAAGUGUGCUCUCGAAAACUCCUGAUAAGGGUUCUCGGGGUGGUUAUAUUGGAAAGGAAAAUCAGCGAGAUGCGUUGGUGGAGGAGGUUGCGGCACACGCGGCGCUGCUUAUUCAGCAAAAAGAUGGAGACGCGGCAUUUGCCAAACGCUCUGAGACAGACGCUUUGAAAAGACUACAGCGUGAGGCAUUUUUCGAGUUAAUGAAAGUGAGAGAGCGACUGGACAAGCUUGAAUUUCAUACAGGUUUACGUCAAUCAAGGUCACAAUCUUCAUCAGCUGAAGGUGCUUCCAAGACUCGGCUGAAGGGGGAAGUGUGUGCCGGUGGGGCUUUCGUCUUAUUAGAUGAUCAAAGUAGUCGAUAUUCUCGGGCCGCUGUUGAGCAAGCUGGUCUUCACACAGGCAUGAAUGUGCGCUUCACUUUUGAGACUGCUUACAGAGAAAAGGAUUCGAUGAUCACGGAAUGUUCCGCUGGGUAUCCUGGUAUUGACGGCAGCAUACUUGGGGGGCCCAUUUCAGUCACAAAGCUUGCUUACAAUGCUCAAGUUACGGAUGAUUUUAAUGUUGUGGUUGCGCCAGUGGGAGCUCGCGUUAGUGACAUAACGGAGAUUGUGAAUCCUUUACAGGAUCAGGCAUUGACACGAUUUGCAAGAGUAGGACCUGAUAUGUAUCAGCAAUGUGUGGGCUCCGCUCUGGGAGCUACCUUCAGGGGAGAUUCGGCACUUGUAUCAUUGUCUCAGUACCUUGGAGGUUGGGGCAUUGGUUCAUCCUCAUCUGGCGGACCGGUUGAUAAUGGACCUCUACAUCUCAGCACCCUUGCACACAUCAUGUUUCAACCAUGGGAGAACUCUGUGUUUUCUGUCUCAGCAGUUAAUCGCUUCUGGCCCAAUCCUCCACUACCUUCUUCUAGAGGACUACACUGGAGUGAAAUGGGACCUCUUAUUCUAUCCAAGACUCGUCGUAAACAAAAAUCUGGCUCUAGUAGUCCGCAGAUGAGCAGUCCCCGAGAUCGUGGAACAUCCAUGGACAACAUGUCGUUUCAUGACUUCCGAACAUCGUUGGACAAUCCAUCUGGAGUGUCUAAUUAUGCUUCGUGGGGAUCACCUUACGGUGAGCCUGAGCAAAACAUUGUUACUGUUUCAGGAACUCGUGGGAGUACAAUGCAGUCAAUUGCGUUGGCUGGAGAAAUAGAUGUAGGUGCAAAUAUGAACCUCGCAGGCUGGACCCAGGCUGACCGAGGAUAUUGGCUUGGUGAUUCCGAGAGGAGCGGUGUGGAAUGGGGUGUAAGCCUCACAAAGACUGUCGGGAAAACGGCUGGCUGGGGACUGUGUGUGGGAAGCUCUAAAGUGGAUCUCUGCGGAAACGAAGAUGAUGGCCUUCACGGUUUAGGUGAACGUCGUGACAUGCAACUGCAAAUGGAGGCUUUUAUGAAGCUCAACAUGGGGCGUGGUUUUACACUUCAACCUGGUUUAGUUUAUCUCCUAAAUAAACAGUCGCAAACUCCUGCUUUGAUGCUGCGAUCUUCUUGGGCGCUCUAACAGCGCGUUCUAGUUAUGUUCAUUGGAAGUAAUCAAUGUGGGCUUAAGCCUUACAUAUGUGAAUAAUUUCUAUCACUUGGUGCUUCAAUUCUCAGUUUUUCGUGUAACGUAAUUCCACUGCAAUCACAUUUUUCUUUGCAUCGAGUUACCCUUUUG